CUCAACGCCAACCUUUUUCUCUUCUUCUCAGCCACUCACCCUCUUCUUCUCAGCUCCAACCUCUUCUCCUCUUUCUUUCAGCUUACAAAAUCUUCCAGUUAUCGCCUCCAACCAAACCGUCAGAUUUUUGCCGGGGCGAGCUUUAAGCAGUCAUGGAUUCCAUCAUAUCUCGCCUGUUGGAUCCCAUCACUCAACGCACAGGAUAUGUCGUCAACCUCCAAAAAAAUCUGGACUCUCUGAAGAACGGCAUGAACGAAUUGAAAUGUGUAAGGGACGACGUGAAGAAAAGGGUGGAAGUUGCUGAACGGAAGAAACUCAAACGCACAGACCAUGUCCACUGGUGGCUAGAAAAAGUAGAAUCCAUCGAAAGAGAAGUAAAUGCUGUGGUAGAAGAAUCUAAGAAAGUGACGAGGACGAGUUGGUCAGGCUAUCAGCUCUGCAAGAAGGUGGCGGUGAAGCUGGAUGAAGUGGUCAAGUUGAACAGCAAAGCUGAUUCCUUUCAUGUAGUGGCAGAGAAGCCGCUUCCUGAUGCCAUAGAAGAGAUGCCUAGCACAUCAGCUGUGGGCAUGGACUUGAUGUUGUCGAAAGCUCUAGGUUUGAUUAGUGAAGACGAAGUAGGAAUUUUUGGAAUAUAUGGAAUGGCGGGAGUCGGUAAGACGACUCUCCUAAAAAAGAUAAACAACGAAUUCCUUGUAAGAACUCAUGAAUUUGCUUUCAUCAUUUGGGUGGUGGUGUCUAAAGGGUUAAAUGUGGAAAAGAUUCAGAAGGAUAUCGGGCAGCGGUUGGGCUUGUAUUGGGUAGAGAAUGAAAGCAACAAUGAGACACGGGCUCGAGACAUUUACAAGGUCUUGAGGGGGAAGAAAUUCAUGCUGUUGUUGGAUGAUUUAUGGGAACGGUUGGAUCUAGAAAUGGUCGGAAUUCCCCAUCCAAGUAGCCAGAGCAUGAGCAAGGUUGUCUUCACUACACGAUUUGAGGACGUCUGUGGCCAGAUGGCUGCCAAUAAGAAGAUCAGAGUAGAAUGCCUCCCAGAGCAAGAAGCAAUGAAUCUAUUCAAACAGAAUGUUGGUGAAGAGGCCAUGAUUUCUCAUCGGGACAUACCGUCCCUUGCUAUGAAGGUUGCCAAAGAGUGCAAAGGUCUGCCCCUUGCGCUAAUAACCAUCGGGCGGGCCAUGGCAUGCAAGAAGACACCACAGGAAUGGGAGCAUGCAAUAUCAGUUCUUAGCACGAGCAAGCCACCAUCAGAGAUAUCAGGCAUGGAUGAUGAAAUGCUUUUGCGUUUGAAAUUCAGUUAUGAUAAUCUCGGUGGCGACAUGAUUAAAUCAUGUUUCCUGUACUGUGCCCUGUUUCCUGAGGACGACUCCAUUAGCAAAGAACAACUUAUAGAUUACUGGAUAGGCGAAGGAUUCUUAGAUGGGUGGGAUGAUGAUCUUGAUGAAGCCCAUAACAAGGGACAUGAUAUCAUUGGAAGAUUAAAGACUGCAUGCUUGUUGGAGACUGGUUCUGAUGAAAAAACAGAGGUAAAGUUGCAUGACGUGAUUCGUGAUCUGGCAUUAUGGAUAGCUUCAGAGUGCGGGAAGAAGAAGAACAGGUUUUUGGUGAGAGCUGGCGUGGGACUGAUGCAUGCACCGGUGGUUGAGAGGUGGAAGGAGGCCGAGAGGAUAUCUCUAAUGAAAAAUGACAUAAAAGAAGUAACAGAGACACCUCAAUGCCCCAACCUCUUAACCUUGAUGCUCCAAUGGAAUCAGAAUUUUCGAAAAGUUCACAAUGAUUUUUUUCAGUUCAUGCCUCUUCUCAGGGUCUUGGAUCUGUCAGGUAAUUCAUCUUUGAAGGAGCUUCCUGCAGGGAUCGGUAACUUGGCAGAGCUACGAUAUCUCAAUCUAAUAAACACGGAGAUCACAACAUUGCCUGAAGAGAUAGGAAAUCUGGUAAAGCUGAAGCACUUGGACUUGGAGUUGACAACUCAUUUGCACACAAUUCCUCAAGGGGCAAUCUCCAGGCUUUCUGAAUUAAGAGUAGUGAGCCUAUAUUGUAGUUAUUCAAAAUGGGAAGAAGGGAGUGAGGGAUUAAAUAUGAGUGAGUUAGAAGGCUUGGAACGUCUAAUCUAUGUUGAUCUCACCUUAUCAACUGUGCAUGCUCUUAAAAGGUUGCUCUGCUCUAGCAAGCUGCGGAAGGUGACUCGGUAUCUAAUUCUGAACAGAUGUGAGGAUCUGACUAUCUCCAACCAACUAUCGUCCAUUUUUACUGCAAUGAAAAGUCUUCAAGGACUUACUUUUCGCGGAUGCAAUGCGUUGGUGGAGGUGACAAUUGGUGGGCAUGCGAAGAAGGAUGACGAUUAUCCUGUUUCAAGCCUAGAAUGGCUCGACCUUCAGCAACUCCCCCACUUAAAUUGCAUUCGGGUAGGCCGCCGAUGCUUUGGAAACCUUCACAACAUAAGGAUUGCGUCGUGUGACAAGUUGAAGAAAAUUUAUGGUUUACUAAAACUUGAAAGUCUUGAAGAAAUUGGUAUAUAUGAUUGCUAUGAGCUAGAAGAAUUAAUAGGUACGGCCAUUAAUGAUGAUGAAGUUGGAGAUAUCGGGCUAUCGCAACUAAAACGUAUAUCACUCUCGAACCUUUCAGAACUAACGAGCAUUUGUAGCUAUGCACUGCAUUUUCCUUCCUUGGAGGAAAUCGACGUCAUUGGUUGCCCAAAGUUGAAAAAGCUCCCUCUUUCUCUCCAUAGCACACACAAUUCUCUGAGGAAGAUAAGUGGUGAGAAAGAAUGGUGGGAUAGUUUAGAGUGGGAAGAAGAUGGUAUCAAGUCCAAUUUUCUUCCUUUUUUCCAUGAAUCCAAUUAUUGAGCGUCAUUGUCAAAGUAGAAAUACUUUUUAAUAGUUAUUUCUUAGGAUGUUAGAGUAAUUUUAGAAAGGAGACUGAAUUUUUCUUAGAUUA